CCUGCCCCUCUCGAGCUGAUUUGCCGGCAUCGGUGCUGCUGUGCCUCAGUGCUGCUUUGUCGCACGCUGCCGGGCAGCCCAUGCACAGCUAGGAUGAAUGCUUCAGGCUAGGGGCAGCGAUGCGGCGCUGGAAUAGCAUCUGGGCGGUCGGGCUGCUCUGGCUCUCGACGCCGGCGUGCGCGACGCCCGCGCUGACGGCGGCGACGGCGGCGACGGACGCCGCCGUCGCGCUCCUCGCGGACGUCAGGAACCCCACCACGACCGAGGCCAUGCUGCGCAACCUCGCGACGCUCGCCCGGACGUGCGCUUGGGCGCGCCGCUACGACGUCAUCGUCUUCCACGAGGGGCGAAGCGACGCCCUGCGCCCGCGCCUGGAGGCGCUCGGCAACCGGACGCGGCUCCGGCUCCGCGCCCGGGAUAUUUCUGACGAGUUCGCGACGCACGCGCCGGCGACCACGGACUGGCCGCGCCGGCGUUUGAGAACGUUUGGUAUCGGCUACCGCCGCAUGUGCCGCUUCUGGUUCUCCGGCGUCUUCGAGCUCGCGGACGUGCGGAACCUGACGUACUUGCUGCGCCUGGAUACGGACUCGGAGCUCCGGUGCCGCCCACGCUCGCGCGACCCCUUCGAGCUCAUGGCCCGGCAGCGCGCCGUCUACGGAUAUGUUGCAGUCAAGACGGACCACCCGAUGGUCGCAAAGAACCUGACUGCCUUCGGCGCCGCCUACGCCCGGCGCGUGCCGCAGAUCGAGGACGCCUUCUACCGCUUCCCGCCGCAUGCUCCCACAAACUGCCCGGCGCCCAUGUUCUACACGAACUUCGAGAUCAUGAACGUGUCCUGGUUCGCCGCGCCGCGCGCCGUGGCAUUCGCGCGCGCCGUCGACGCGUCCGGGUCCGGCGCCGUUAGCAUUUAGUUGGACCGCACGCCGUCGACGCGACGCCCCCACGCAGGACGGGGAUGAUCUUCGGGAACCGCUGGGGCGACGCGCCGCUCCGCUGGCUGACGCUCGCGCUCUUCGCGGGCCGGAGCCAGCUCCUCUGCUUCGGCGGCGAGUACGACUACCGGCACCGCGGGCCCCAGGACCACUGCGGCCUGUCCUUCAAUAUCAGUGUCGCGGGCUGCCAGGCCGCCGGCGGGGGCGCGCCGGUCCUGCCGCCGCCGCUCCCCCGUUCGUUGUGA